GCGGGGAGAGGCGCCAGAGCGCUGACCUCCCCCGGGGGCCGUCGGGGGGCCGAGGGCGGAGCUGGCCAGCCACCGCCCUACGUGGGGGGACCGGGGACCGCUGCUAGCCCCCGCCGGCGCCCCCCACACAAUGCUCAUGCGCGCCGCCUGCCUUUAUAGCCGCCGCGGAGCCGCGCUUACCGCACUCGGGUGUAGCCGGGCGGAUCCCACGCAGGUCCACGCAGAUCCCCGCCAUGCCCUCGUCCUGGACCCCUGCUCUCUGCCUCGGUGCGUGGCUGCUGCUGCUGCUACUGCCCCGGCUCGCACGCGCCGAGGGAGCAGUUCCCAUCCCCAUCACCUGCUUUACCAGAGGCCUGGACAUCCGAAAAGAGAAAGCAGAUGUCCUCUGCCCAGGAGGCUGCUCUCUUGAGGACUUCUCUGUGUUUGGGAACAUAGUGUAUGCGUCAGUAUCCAGCAUAUGCGGGGCUGCUGUCCAUAGGGGAGUUAUUGGCAUCUCAGGGGGACCUGUGCGUGUCUACAGCCUUCCUGGUCGAGAGAACUAUUCCUCGGUAGAUGCCAAUGGCAUCCAGUCUCAGAUGCUUUCCAGAUGGUCCGCUUCCUUUGCUGUGACCAAAGGCAAAAGCAGUACCCAGGAAGCCACAGGACGGGCCGUGUCCACAGCCCACCCACCUUCAGGUAAAAGACUAAAGAAAACACCAGAGAAGAAGACCGGCAAUAAAGACUGUAAGGCAGACAUUGCAUUUCUCAUCGAUGGAAGCUUUAAUAUCGGGCAGCGCCGAUUUAAUUUGCAGAAGAAUUUUGUUGGGAAAGUGGCACUAAUGCUGGGAAUUGGAACAGAAGGACCACACGUGGGCCUCGUUCAAGCCAGUGAACACCCCAAAAUAGAAUUUUACUUGAAAAACUUUACUUCAGCCAAAGAUGUCUUGUUCGCCAUAAAAGAAGUAGGUUUCCGAGGGGGUAACUCCAACACAGGAAAAGCCUUGAAGCACACUGCUCAGAAAUUCUUUACAGCAGAUACUGGUGUGAGAAAAGGAAUACCAAAAGUGGUGGUGGUGUUUAUUGAUGGUUGGCCUUCAGAUGACAUUGAGGAAGCAGGCAUUGUGGCCAGAGAGUUUGGUGUCAAUGUAUUCAUAGUGUCUGUGGCCAAGCCCAUCCCUGAAGAACUGGGGAUGGUUCAAGAUGUUGCAUUUGUUGACAAGGCUGUGUGUCGGAAUAAUGGCUUCUUCUCUUAUCACAUGCCCAACUGGUUUGGCACUACAAAAUACGUAAAGCCUCUAGUGCAGAAGCUCUGUACCCACGAACAGAUGAUGUGCAGCAAAACCUGUUACAACUCAGUGAAUAUUGCCUUUCUGAUUGAUGGCUCCAGCAGUGUUGGAGAUAGCAAUUUCCGCCUCAUGCUAGAAUUUGUUUCUAACAUAGCGAAGACAUUUGAAAUCUCAGACAUUGGAGCCAAGAUAGCUGCUGUCCAGUUCACUUACGACCAGCGCACGGAAUUCAGUUUCACUGACUAUAACACCAAAGAGAAUGUCCUAGCUGUCCUAGCGAACAUCCGCUACAUGAGUGGUGGGACAGCUACUGGUGAUGCCAUUUCCUUUACAGUUAGAAAUGUAUUUGGUCCCAUAAGGGACAGCCCCAACAAAAACUUCCUGGUUAUUGUCACAGAUGGGCAGUCCUACGAUGAUGUCCGAGGCCCUGCUGCAGCUGCCCAUGAUGCAGGUAUCACCAUCUUCUCUGUUGGUGUGGCUUGGGCACCUCUGGAUGACCUGAAAGAUAUGGCCUCUAAACCCAAAGAGUCCCACGCUUUCUUUACCAGAGAGUUCACGGGAUUAGAACCAAUUGUCUCUGAUGUCAUUAGAGGCAUUUGUAGAGAUUUCUUAGAAUCCCAGCAAUAACUGAUACUCUGACAACUCAAGGAAUACGUACAAGGGGAUCUAAUGUGCAAACUGUACUCUCAAUGCCUAUGUAACUUUAUCGCUUACCAGUGUCAAAAAAAAAAAAUACAUUAACAGCUGUUUAAAGCAAAUGAACACUCAUUUGAAGCUGACAAUUUUGAAGCUCACAGUCUAAUUGGCCAAGACUUGAUAAUCAGGUCCUUAGGAACUCAGGAUAAGAAGAGAUGUCAUGGAUUAAAAUUGGGAGCUCAAAUAUGCAUGCAAGGGGAUAGGUAAGCUACACAGCUCAAUAAAAGAACUUGACACUUAGACACAAAGCACUGUUUCCUCUUUAAUCACUAUGCAUUGACCAUCAAGGAAAACAGAACAGCUUUUAAACACAGAUCAAGUAUAAAUAUUGUGACCCAUGUGGACGUUUUCUUAAAACCAGCCAAGAACAGACAGCUGUUACUAUGUAUACUAGUCAUAACGACACAUUGUAUGGAAUCAUGUAUCAAGCUGCUUUUGUAGUGUGUUUCGUAACUUAAUGGCUGAAAUAUCACACUGAGUAAAGGUAGGAUUGCCUGGUAUUUUUCUAUUUAUAUCCUUAAUUUUAUGUGUAUAGACAGGCAUGUACUCCAAGGACUAAGAAAAUGUUUAAGCAGGUAAUGUUUUUUUGAAAAAAGAUGUUUCAAGUAUUGUAACAGGAAAAAUACAUGGCAUAAUAGCUUGGUUGUCAGCAAUAAAACUGAUAGUGACUAAGUGCCUAUUUA